GAGAAGGGGUUCCGCUUCCGCCGAGAGCAGGAAGUCCCUGUCUCCUGGGUGAACGAGGCUGUCUCAACGAGGGAAGGCGAGUGCAGGUUCACCCUCCCACAGACAUGGGGCGCAGAAAGUCAAAGCGGAAGCCACCCCCGAAAAAGAAGAUGACAGGCACCCUAGAGACCCAGUUCACUUGCCCCUUCUGCAACCAUGAGAAAUCUUGUGACGUGAAAAUGGACCGUGCCCGUAACACUGGAGUCAUCUCUUGUACUGUGUGCCUAGAGGAAUUCCAGACACCCAUCACAUAUCUGUCAGAACCAGUGGACGUGUAUAGUGAUUGGAUAGACGCCUGCGAGGCAGCCAAUCAGUAGCAACACAGAGGGCCCACCCCCUUGGCAUCCCUGCUGCUGUGGAUUUGUCCGCUGGGUACCAAUCCAGAGACAUUCCUGGGGUCAAGGGUGUGGGUCCAGGGCCCUUGAAGCCCUCUUUGCAUGUGUGCAUGUGUGGAGCGGGUGUGGGUGUGAAUGUGUGACUGCAAGUGUGGCUGUGGGGGUAUGCUUAUGGGCCGGGGGUGAAGUUGAGGGGUUGCUGGGCCCUGGGGACCUGAGCUGCCUCCCUUGGCUCUGAAAGCCUUUGACUUGCUCCCUCUUCUGGCCCCUGACCCCUCUGGCUCUGGGGCCCUGGUUCAUCCAGGGGCCAGUAUCCUGACAUCCUGAGUGAGGGCAAGCCCCACAGAGACAGCCUCGGUACUCUCCAGACUCCUCACCCACCCACCCACCACCUUGCCGGUCUGAACUGGAUUGCCUACCCUCGUUCCCUGCCUUCCAAGACCUAUGGCCUGGAAUGCAAAGCCCAGGAUCCAAGGCUUGUGGCUGGGCCCUGGCAGGGUGGCCCUGUUCACGUUUACUUGGUUUUAUAGAGGAGGGAGGGGCUGGGGCCAGGACAACUGUUGGUCAGUAGCCCUUAAAUAAAGCAGCCAAUGCAAA